UACCUUCUUCUUCUUCUUCUUCUCCUUCUCCUUCUCCUUCUCCUCCAGCAUAGGGAACCAUUUCACGACCGUCGCAGCUCUAUCGCAGCCGUCGUACAUCUUGAUCCGGGACACACUCAUAUAGAUUCUCUCUAUCUUUCUCUCUCUAUAUAAGAUUCUCUGCUUCAGAAAUGUCGACGGUUAUGCAGAAAAUCAAGGACAUCGAAGAUGAGAUGGCAAGGACUCAAAAGAACAAGGCUACUGCACAUCACCUGGGUUUGCUUAAGGCUAAACUUGCAAAGCUACGGAGGGAACUCUUGGAACCUUCCUCGAAAGGAGGUGGCGGUGCUGGUGAAGGAUUUGAUGUUACUAAAAGUGGAGAUGCAAGAGUUGGUCUAGUGGGAUUCCCUUCCGUUGGGAAAUCUACACUGUUAAACAAGUUAACAGGGACAUUUUCAGAGGUUGCUUCCUAUGAAUUUACUACCUUAACUUGCAUCCCAGGUGUGAUCACGUAUCGAGGAGCUAAAAUUCAGUUGUUGGAUCUCCCUGGAAUUAUUGAGGGUGCUAAGGAUGGAAAAGGUAGAGGAAGGCAGGUUAUCAGCACUGCUAGGACAUGCAAUUGCAUUUUAAUUGUUCUUGAUGCAAUAAAGCCAAUAACUCACAAACGCCUGAUAGAGAAAGAGCUUGAGGGAUUUGGCAUAAGGUUGAACAAGGAACCACCUAAUCUGACUUUCAGGAAGAAAGAUAAGGGUGGAAUUAAUUUUACCUCAACGGUUACCAGCACACUUCUAGACCUUGAAACUGUCAAAGCAAUAUGUAGUGAAUACAGAAUUCACAAUGCCGAUAUUACUCUUCGUUAUGAUGCAACUGCAGAUGACCUCAUAGAUGUCAUUGAGGGCAGUAGGAUAUAUAUGCCUUGCAUCUAUGCCGUGAACAAGAUUGAUCAAAUUACCCUGGAGGAGCUGGAGAUUUUGGAUAAACUUCCUCACUACUGCCCCGUCAGUGCUCAUCUGGAAUGGAAUCUGGAUGGUCUGUUGGAGAAGAUAUGGGAGUAUCUUAAUUUGACUCGCAUAUACACAAAGCCUAAAGGGAUGAAUCCUGACUACGAAGAUCCUGUAAUCCUGUCAUCAAGGAGGAGGACAGUUGAGGACUUCUGCAACCGAAUCCACAAGGAUAUGCUUAAACAAUUCAAAUAUGCUUUGGUCUGGGGUUCAAGCGCGAAACACAAGCCACAAAGGGUCGGCAAGGAACAUGUGCUUGAGGAUGAGGAUGUUGUUCAGAUAAUAAAAAAAGGUGUAAUUGCAGAAGCUAGGAUCCUUUUAAAAGUCAAUUUGGAAGCAACUGACAGGAUUUUCCAGCAACCCGAUGAAGAAAUGGAAUCACUUCUUAUGGACUCGCAUUGAAUUCUAAAACAGAAGGCGCUAAGGAACAAACAUGUUUUCGUUAUCAUCAUGAAGCAAGGAACAUCAUUCCUAUCCGAUAAAACGGCGAUGGAAAGAGCUCAGAGAAACCAUUAUACAGGCAAAAGAAACCAGUCUUCCAAUGCAAUAUCAUUACAUUGAAAUCAUCUAAAUAACAUUCCCUCAAGUAUCAGGCUUUAACGCAACAGUUGAAGUAGCUGAGAAAGCUCCUCCUUGUCUGUAAAAGAAAGUCAAACAAUUAGCAUUGGAUUUCAUCAACCAUAAAUUUUGAAAUAAAAAACCUAAAUCAUUUUCCUACU